AUGACCAACACAACCACCACAAACACCACAGUCCUCGACCCCUCCGACUACUGCACCCUCUCCACCUGCCCUCUCUCCGACGCCUACGUCAACUACGUCCCCUCCCUCGCCGGCAACAUCUUCUACGCAGCCGUCUUCGCCGUCCUCCUCAUCGCCCAACUCAUCCUCGGAAUCCGCUAUCGCACCUGGGGCUACCUCACCGGUCUCUUCGGCGGUCUUCUCCUGGAGAUAAUCGGCUAUACACUGGCCGAGCCAGAGCAGUGGGUUGUCAUAGGUGUCGGAUGA